AUGGAAGUCCCACGAGCAUCCCGCUUUCUGGACCCGUCGUCGGCCAUGGCGUCCAUCACCAAACAGAAAGCAGAUGCUAUCAGACUGGCCAAGGAACAAGCCGCUGCUGUGAACGAAAUGUGUCGUCGCGCCAAAACAGAGGUUCCACAGUAUGAAUUUGAAGAGCUGAUCGGUAAAGGCGCCUACGGACGCGUUUACAAGGGCCGCCAGCUGCCGUCGCGCGAUCUUGUGGCUAUCAAGGUCAUGGAUAUCGACAAUCUUGACUACAAGAUGAAUCGCGAUAUGAAAGACGAAUCGAUUAAGGAUUUUAUUCACGAGAUCAAGGUCAUGAAUCAGGCCAAAGAGGCUGGCGCAAAAAACGUCAAUGUUCUGAUCGAGGCAAUUUCGAUUCAUUCACAGUUAUGGGUGGUCUGUGAAUACUGUCCUGGUGGCAGUGUCAAGACUCUGAUGCGCGCAACCGGUGACAGAUUGGACGAGAAAUUCAUCAUUCCCAUCGCUCGAGAGCUUGCCGAGGGCCUCCGAGCAAUCCAUGAUGCUGGAAUUAUUCACCGAGACGUCAAGGCUGCCAAUGUCCUCAUUCAAGAGGAGGGUCGCCUACAGAUAUGUGACUUUGGCGUGGCAGGAAUUCUUCAGUCGAAAAUGGAUAAAAGGUCUACCUGGAUUGGUACGCCUCACUGGAUGCCGCCGGAGAUGUUUUCAGCGCGUGGUGGAAGCACACAUCAAUACGGCAGUGAAUUGGACGUGUGGGCAUAUGGAUGCACACUCUACGAGAUUGCUACUGGAAACCCACCCAAUGCCGGUCUUCGAGAACGGAUGCAAAUUGGAAGAUCUCUCGGACGCAGUAUCCCUCGACUCGAUGGUUCACGAUAUACCGAAGAACUCAAGGAUCUCGUUGCUUUUAGCUUGGAAUCGGACCCUGCCACACGCCCUACCAUGAGCGACAUUCUUUCUCAUCCUUAUAUCACCGAUUCCGAAGCCGAAUAUCCCACCAACUCGCUCAGUGAGCUUGUCCGAAUAUAUUACCAAUGGUCUCAGCGCGGUGGUCAGCGAAUUUCGCUCUUCCACCCCGGCGGUGCAGCGGCUGCUGAAUUGCCGGAAAACACGUCGUUCGACGAUGACUGGAAUUUCAGUGCCACAGAUGGAUUCGAGCGUCGCUACUCCGUUCUUGAUCUUGACCAAUUGUCUGCCUCGCUCGCCGAAAUAGCAGAAGGUGAUGAAACCGCAGCUGACAAUGAGCCCGAUCCCAUGGGCGACGAUUCCCAGGCCCCGGAGAUGACUUCUAUGGAGAAGGCUAAUUUUGAUGAGCGUGUCAAACGUGGUGCGGCAGCAAUGGAAGGUCUUUUUGAUGAAAUGAAACCCACGUAUAAAUACGAGACGAAAAACGAUUUCGUCCCCGUGGAGGCCAAACAGCGAUACUCUGAUCUACCGCUCCGGACAACGACUGAUCGUUCAUCGGUCACAUCCACCUAUCUCGACCUCAACCUCGGCUCGUUUGACUCGUCACACUACGCUGCUGGAUCGGCUUCUCAGUUUCAACUUGCUGAUGCGGGUACAAUUCGUGCCAAUCGCUCCAGUCUGCGCUCUGGUCGCAACUCGGAUGGCGACCAGUCUCGCACUUCAUCGAGCAGUGAUGGUAGUAGUACCAAUGGCGAUACCUUUCAGCCAAGUGCACCCCGACCACCAACCAUGGAUUGGAAGUUUCCUUCAAUGGCCGUCCCUGAAGACCGAGAGCCGGACCCGGCUCCCAUUCAGUCUUCCCAAGAUACUUUCAAGCCUUUGUCUAUUGAUAAACGUGCGACGCGCGAUUGGAAAUUCCCUUCCAUGGCCGACACAGUCGAAGAGCCGACCCAUACAGACUAUGCCUUGGACGAAACCCCAUCUCAUACAAUCCGCCCUCCCUAUGUACAAUCGCAACAGUCGGCUCUCGACCUCACACUAGACCAUGACCAUAGUCGUGGGCCGAGUAUUGAAAUUACCAACAUGGAUGAAUCUCGUCCUUCCACGGCGACAUCCACCGUGAGCGACUAUGAUCCUUUCCGCUUUGAUCGCGCCUCUGAUAUUUAUGCCACCUCUCGCCAUAUGUACAACACCAGUUCUUCUUCGACCGCCAUCUCUUCGUCUCUUGACGGACCGGGUCCAGACGAUCAUGAUGAUGUUCAAGAGUUUGCCAAAGGCAGUGUCGAUGGCCCAGGGCCUAUCGCUCACGAAGAAAGCGUUAUCCACGAAGAAAGUGUUAUAGACGAUGGACCCGGUCCUGAUGACGACGAAGACGAUGACGGCGGCCCUGGACCUGACCAUCACGACAACGACAGCAAUUCCGAUAUGGCCUCCAGCACUACCGCAGUGACUCCGCUAACCGCGCACCGAGCGCCACUGCACACGCCGCGCAACAGCACUGGCAAGGAUUACGAUAGCAACCUUCUCGAAUUUCCGGACGUCCAGCCACCGUCUGCGCAGAGUCUGGUGGAGGAUACACCCGAGGAGGUUGUUGCGCUCGAGCUUGAUCGGUUGAUUGAGAAGUUUAUGCAGGCGUGUUAUUCGACCAUCGAUGCGGUCGAGGAGGUUGUAGUAUGA